CCUGCUCACCUUUGAUGUCUUAAACGCUCCAUCUUUGACCUUCGUUAGAAGCUCGCGGACGUGACUCGUAACUGAGGCCACCUGAGGAGAAAACAGUGUUUCAGAUGGUGUGUGAUGAAGGCGACAUCAUCACCGGAUGAUCAGUCAACACAAUGAUGUCUGAUUCCAGAGUGUCCUCUGUCAUCCAGGAGUGGGCAUACCCGAGUCAGGCCCACCCCCAGACCCUGAACCCCACCACCUCCAACCACGCUGGAUCGACCAAUCAGCUGACUCAGAUGGACAUGAUAAUGUACAACCAGCCUCAGGGACUGGUGAGAGGCGGCGGUGACGACAAAGUGGCCGAGCAGAUGAUGGGACUGUCUUACCUGCCGUACACCUCUUCCUGUCUCGGCAACGCGUCGAACGUAGGGAGCACAAACCACCACCAGGGUCACGUCAACACUCAGCAGGACCUUUCCUCCUUCCUCCUGCCAACUCUGCGGGCCCCGGUGAACAAGAGGAGCAUCAACAAGGACAGCGCAGAGUACCGCCUCCGACGUGAGAGGAACAACAUCGCCGUGAGAAAGAGCCGGGACAAGGCCCGCCGGAGGAUCCUGCUGACCCAGCAGAGGGCCCAGCAUCUGCAGGAGGAGAACCAGAAGCUGCAGAUGAGGAUAGGGCAGCUGACACAGGAGCUGGACACUCUCAAACAAAUCCUGUCCCAGCGGCACCUGCACGGGGCCGAGGAGGGACCGGCAGGGGACUCUGCUAUCUAAAACCGCUUCGGUACCAUGAAUCCGAUUCAUCAUUAGUGUCUAGGCAGGCCUUCAAGUCUCACAGCCAAAUGCCUCCUUAUUAGGUUUCACCGGUUGUGGAAAAGUCGCAUUUAGGAGAAGUAGAUUUGAAAAUUGAGCAUUUUGUGGGCAAAUAAAAUCAUGAAAAAUUGUAAUUGUAAAAUGGAGACAGCAGAACACACUGGCAGGACUGUAGCUAUCAGCGAGGUCACGUCCGCCGGCCUUUUUCUGGGGGUGGCAGCAACCAGAGGGGAGCUUACAUCCAACAGCCGAUAUUCGCUAAGCCCUGUAAGCUGUUGUUCCUACAGCAGGCUGCACAUUCAGAUGGCAGCGACAACCGGGCCGCAUGUUACACUCACUUUGCUGAAACAGGUUAAUUAACCAGUAGCAUGUUCCUUCAGAUAAGACAUAUUUUAUCAGUUAUAGGUAGCCACUGUUAGCUAAUGCUACAGCUAAAACCCUCCUAAAAAAGUCUUCUGCAGCUGAGUUUUUAAUGUUUGACUCUUUUUUAACAAGUGGCAUAACUUGUAAUGCCACUAAGUAAUUUAGUUAACCCUCUGCUUCUGAAAAUAAGGCAAGGUCUCUGUUGUUGGUAGCUGUAGGCUAGUCAGCUAGACAAUGCUAACGUUUGCAGCUGAGCGUACACUCUUGUGUCAGAGGCUGAAAAGAAAGAAAAAGGACACGACUCUCCAAAAUCUUAAUAUCAACAUGCAAUGUAUUGCUAAUGUUCCAUAUGCACACCGUCAAAUGGAGAAGUUUGACAGGGCGAUCAUGUCUGGUUACGGCUGGCUGUUACGUAGGACAUUAGCAUGUAGCAGGUUGUAGCAAGUGCACUUCCUGGCAGUGUGGAUUAGGUUUAAAAAAGCAUUUCAUAGUGGGAAAUGAUACACAGUUAAAUAAGUAAAUAAAUAAAUUAAAAAUCCAAAAAAUUGAAAAUUUGAGACUCUGGUCGGCCAUCUUUUCAGGGAUUUCCUGGCUGAGAGGGGACUACCUCUGUAUUUCUGAAAUGGUUGCCACGGUCCUGCGCACUGGAGCUUUGAAUCGGUGAAUUAGCGUUUUGAAAAAGGGACCUUAAAGUCUCUGUAUUAAGUAGGAAGACAUGCUGUGGGUUUUGAAUGUAGACUCUUUAAAGUCACUGCAUUUUCUAAACUGUGAGUGGAGACACUGGACCUGACGUGAGUCUGAGCAUACCGAGAUUUCUCAAACAGCUAUGGCAGAUGGGGACAAGGAUUUUAGGGAGAAACCGAAGAUCUGAAAAUCCAAAAUACUGGACAGAUGGGUGUGACAGGUCUAAACCUGCACAGACUUAAAUUUAACAAAUUCCAAAUUAAGUCUCGUGAAAGUUCCUGACUACAAGGUUUUACAAAGCCGGACGUUGGACAGGUUUGUUAUGGGAUCUGAUUUAAUAAACAUUGCUUAAUUAUCUACCUGACACUUCUUGUCACUGUCCGAGAUGAUUGUAAGUGUUGUUGCCCAACAAGGUUACACCACCAGCUGUGGUUUGUAGGGGAUUAUAGGGGAAAUCUAAGUGUUCCUCUCUGUGUAAUACUCUCUGUCACUAAAUGAGUGUGGGAUUACUUGAAAUACUGUUGAUAUGAGAUAUAAUCGUUAACUUUGUUGAAUGUGUUUUGUAAUUUUACAGUGAUAGAUUGUGAAAGAAAAACUUUGACGGGAAUUUUCUUAAAUAAACAGAUAUUCGCUUGUG